AGAGCUAACGUCAUCACAGUGCGCUGCCACGUCUGCUCAGCUCCGCGGUAAUGGAGGCUGAGGUUGAAUGCUGACGGCUCUGGGGUCUGCAUCUUGCAUUAACUCUACCCCUGUGUCUGGCACUGACUCACAGUCUGAGAAUCUGGCAACUUGAAGCUUGAUCACCUUUUUUCGUCUCUCUGGGCUGGGCAGCCUACGGACAAGCAGCUGGCCCAACACGGGGUUGGAAUUCUCUUGCUUGUGGUCCGGUCUGUAAAGCUGCCGCCUCCUCCCAGGGAUCCCGCCCCACCGGCCGGGCUUCCUUCAUGCAGUUGAAACAGGUUAACAACCAUUAACCUGGGUUGCAACUAUAGGUGGCACUGGAAGCAGACUGGUUCCUGGACAUGCCCGGUGGAAGGAGGGGCCCUAGUCGGCAGCAGCUAAGCCGUUCAGCUUUACCUUCUUUACAGACUUUGGUUGGUGGGGGCUGUGGCAAUGGAACAGGCCUGAGAAACAGGAAUGGUAGUGCCAUUGGCCUUCCGGUCCCACCUAUCACAGCCUUAAUCACCCCAGGUCCUGUUCGUCAUUGCCAAAUUCCUGAUUUGCCUGUGGAUGGGAGUCUGCUUUUUGAAUUUCUCUUUUUCAUCUACCUGCUGGUUGCACUGUUCAUUCAGUACAUCAAUAUCUAUAAAACAGUGUGGUGGUACCCUUACAAUCAUCCCGCUUCUUGUACUUCGUUGAAUUUUCAUCUCAUUGAUUACCAUCUGGCAGCGUUCAUCACAGUGAUGCUUGCAAGGAGGCUUGUGUGGGCCCUCAUCUCAGAGGCCACUAAAGCGGGUGCAGCAUCUAUGAUUCACUACAUGGUUCUGAUAUCAGCUCGCUUGGUGCUGCUCACUUUGUGUGGAUGGGUGCUUUGUUGGACACUCGUCAAUCUCUUCCGAAGCCAUUCAAUCCUCAAUCUCCUUUUCCUUGGCUACCCGUUUGGUGUUUAUGUUCCUCUCUGCUGUUUCCACCAAGAUAGUAGAGCUCAUCUUCUUCUCACGGACUAUAACUACGUCGUUCAGCACCAGGCGGUAGAGGAAAGUGCCUCAACUGUGGGUGGCUUGGCCAAAUCCAAAGACUUCCUCUCCUUAUUGUUGGAGUCUCUAAAAGAACAGUUUAAUAACUGCACACCCAUCCCCACCCACAGCUGCCCUCUAUCUCCAGACCUCAUUCGAAAUGAAGUAGAAUGUCUGAAAGCAGAUUUCAACCACAGAAUCAAGGAAGUUCUCUUCAACUCCCUCUUCAGUGCCUACUAUGUUGCAUUUCUUCCCCUGUGUUUUGUGAAGAGUACCCAGUACUAUGACAUGCGCUGGUCGUGCGAGCACCUCAUUAUGGUAUGGAUCAAUGCUUUUGUCAUGCUUACCACACAACUACUGCCAUCCAAAUACUGUGAUUUGCUACAUAAAUCAGCCGCUCAUCUGGGCAAGUGGCAGAAGCUCGAACAUGGGUCCUACAGCAAUGCUCCGCAGCACAUUUGGUCAGAAAAUACAAUAUGGCCUCAAGGGGUGCUGGUGCGACACAGCAGAUGCUUAUAUAGAGCCAUGGGGCCUUACAACGUGGCAGUGCCUUCAGAUGUGUCCCAUGCCCGCUUCUAUUUCCUAUUUCAUCGUCCAUUAAGGCUGUUAAAUCUGCUUAUCCUCAUUGAGGGCAGUGUCGUCUUCUACCAGCUCUAUUCCUUACUGAGGUCGGAGAAGUGGAACCACACGCUUUCCAUGGCUCUCAUACUCUUCUGCAACUACUAUGUGUUAUUUAAGCUCCUCCGGGACAGGAUAGUGUUAGGCAGGGCGUACUCCUAUCCACUCAACAGUUAUGAACUCAAGGCGAACUAAGCUGCCUCUCAACGAUGAGGGAGAACUCAGAUAAAAAUAUUUUCAUACGUUCUAUUUUUUUCUCGCAAUUUUUAUAAAUAUUUAAGAUAUUUUAUAUUUUGUAUACUAUUAUGUUUUGAAGGUGGGAAGGGUAAGGGAUAUUAAAUGUAUCCAUAAACAAGGUGAUGUGAUCUUUCAUGUGUUAGUAUAUUCAAAUAAUAUACAGAUGAGAGGUGUGCCUCUCCAGUAAAGAGAUUGAUUUGUUUGUAUGGCUCCAGAAUAGCUCAUUCGUUUAUGAACACAGCUCAUAUACCACUUGAUGUAGUACCUUUGGUGUGUCUCCUUUGCUUUCAGUCCUUCUAGUUAUCUUCAGUCCCCAGCUGACCUUAUUCCUGCAGAAAGGAAGAUCAGUGGAGUUGCCUGCCCGCACCCAUUCUCUUUCUCCGGCCGGCAGAUAGAAUUGGAGUACACGGGGCAAGGAGUAAGCUACAUGUAGUCCUAAGUGGGAUUCUCUUUGUUGCCUACUGGGAAGAAGCAUUUCUGGAAUAGGAACUCAGUGAUCUCUUCAGCGCUGUGCCAUUUAAAUGUACUUUUGAAUAAGCUACUAUCUGAAACUCAGGAUAUUGCUGUCAUUUUCCCUGUUCCUUUAUUUCUUUUUCCUCUAAAGAUUAGCUUUUGAUUUUUAGCUGUUUGAAAUAAUACUUUUUAAGACAGAAAGUCUUUAUGAAUAUGCCCACCCUCAUGAAGAAGAUGGUGUAUAGCCAGAUCCAUGGGAGAAGGUGGGGUGCAAAUGCCACGUGGGCUGGAGUGUGGGCAGGUCAAAGACACUGAGUAACUGGAAGAAUGGGCAAGUCCACUG